AUGCCGGGAUGUACAAAAACUGCGAUCUUUAAAACCCCAAACCUUGAUGAUAUUAAGGAUGUAACCAGCGAUCUGGUGGCCUGCAAUCACUUGCGUAGCUACAAAUAUUACACCGAGAGUAUUCUCACUCCUGAUGGAUUCCUCGGAUACUCUGCGCCCUCCUAUGAUGCCUUCCAGAAGGUGAGUCUUUAA